UGGGUUCUCUCCCUGGCUCUGGGAGGGGACUGCGGGCUGGUGGGUUAGAGCGGUGAGGGGGCUGGGAGCCAGGACGGGUUCUCUCCCCCCUGCUUGCAAAACAGGGGUGCAGCGGAGGGAUCUGGGGGUGCAGCGGAGGAGGAGGUGAACUUCAAAAUGUGUCUCUCUCCUGCCCAGACCCCCCUGCACAGCGGUGGGAUUCCAGGAUGAGGGGCCGACCCCAGAGGAACUGGGGGGCGCUGGCCCCCCUCUGCCUCCUCCUUUUCCUCUUCUUCCUCCUCACCCUCGGCGCCUCCUACAAGCCGGUCGUGGUCGUUCAUGGCCUGUUCGACAGCCCCUCGGAGUUCAGCCAGCUGCUGUGCUUCAUCAACCAGAGCCACCCUGGCACCAACGUGACGGUCGUGGAUCUCUUUGACCACAGCCAGAGCCUGAAGCCGCUGUGGGUGCAGGUGGAGGGUUUCCGACGUGCCAUUUCACCCAUCAUGCAGAACGCGGCCGACGGGGUCCAUCUCAUCUGCUAUUCGCAGGGUACGGCCGGCCCCCGGGCCCUGGUACCCCCUGCCGAGGCUGGGAGCAGGGGCUGCAGGUCGGGAAUGAGGGGCACCGGCGGGGGGGGAGGGGGGCGCAGGGUUGGACUG